AUGCUACCCAGGAUUUCCUUAGACGGGGCAGAUUCAACUGUUAACGAUGACAGUCAUGAACAUACUGACGAUACAAUUAACGACAACAAUCAUCAUAUGCCUAUAACAAAUGGCAACCUUAAUGGAAAUGACAACCAUAAUAUAGACCAUAACAACUUAAUGUUACCUACUCGACCCUCGUAUGAAGAUUUAACUUCCGCCUCAUCUACUACACCCUUGAACAAAUCCAUGCGAGAUGUAGAAGAUUACAAGAUUGAAAUUUCAGACAUUCCAGCUCCUCAUUCGGAUCCAGAAUAUAGAACAAAUACAUUUCAGAAGCUUACAACUAUCCUUACGGUUACGUCUACUAGGCAUAAUCAUGAUUGGAGGAUAAAUCCGAGGAAAUUAACCGAUUUACACGACCCUAAAUCUUUAAAAGUUUUGUAUGAAUUAGGUGGGUUUGAACAACUUUGUCAAUUAUUAAACACAUCGGCAGAAGGAUUAGAUGAGAAUAAUGAACAAGAUUUCGAAUCAAGGCGUCAUUACUUUGGUGCUAAUAAAUUACCACAAAAGACAGCCAAAAGUUUUUUACAAUUAUGUUAUGAGACAAUGAAGGAUAAAGUAUUGAUUAUAUUAGCCAUUGCUGCUGUGGUUUCACUUGCAUUGGGGCUUUAUGAAACUUUUGGAACUGGAACACAUUACGACGAGGAUGGAAAUCCAUUACCGAAAGUGGAUUGGGUAGAAGGUGUGGCGAUCUUGGUUGCUGUAUGCAUUGUCGUGUUGGUGGGUGCUGCCAAUGACUAUCAGAAAGAACGUCAAUUUGCUAAAUUAAAUGCCAAAAAGGAAGAUCGUGAAUUGAUUGUGAUUAGAAAUGGGGAACAGAAAUUAGUUUCAAUUUAUGAUUUAGUUGUGGGGGAUAUCAUAAAUAUCCAAACUGGUGACGUUGUUCCUGCUGAUUCAAUUUUGUUCCAAGGAGAACUUGAAUGUGAUGAAUCGGCAUUAACUGGUGAAUCACAUACUAUUCAUAAAGUGCCCGUUGAUUAUGCAAUGUCAAUAUAUAAAUCUCAUUUACCUACCCAGGAAGAUAUAGGAAGUCAAGUCAUAAAAUUACGUGAUCCAUACUUAAUUUCAGGUGCUAAAGUAUUAUCCGGUUUAGGUAAUGCUUUGGUUACUGCAGUUGGAGAAAAUUCCAUUCAUGGUAGAACAAUGAUGAGUCUUGCCCACCCAAAUGAAGUCACCCCAAUGCAAAAGAGAUUAGACGAUUUAGCUGAAGGUAUUUCCAAAUAUGGGUUCCUUGGUGCUCUUGUAUUAUUUGUCGUCUUAUUUAUUAGGUUUUGUAUUGAUAUUGCUCCAGGAGGACUUUAUGAUGAUUAUGAACCGGCGGAAAAGGGUAAGAAAUUCAUCGAUAUUAUUAUCACUGCCGUUACUAUCGUGGUUGUUGCAAUUCCAGAAGGGCUUCCAUUGGCGGUUACUUUAGCAUUAGCGUUCGCCACAACUCGAAUGGCCCAGAAUGGUAAUUUAGUCCGUGUUUUAAGGAGUUGUGAAACUAUGGGAGGUGCUACCGCCGUUUGUUCAGAUAAAACAGGAACUUUAACUGAAAAUAAAAUGAGAAUAGUGCGUGGGUUUUUUGGAUUAGACAAUUCUGGUAAUUUAUUAGAAUUUGAUGAUACUCAUUCCGGUAAAAUUAGUAAAUCCAUUGACGUAAUUCAUAAAAUCACUAAUGAAUUGAAGAUUUUUUUAUGUACCAAUAUCACCCUCAAUUCCACUGCAUUUGUAAAUGUUGAAUAUGAUGAAACAAAAGCCCAACAGGCAAGACAAAAACCAAGACAAAGAUCAGUUUUCCAUCAAAUGUUGAUGAAAAAGAAGAAACAAACUCAAACAGAAUUAGGUGUUGUCGAUGAACCAUAUUUAGGUAAUAAGACCGAAUCAGCAUUAUUAAUCUUGGCUAAAGACAAAUUCAAAUUGUUUGAUCUCGGAAAAUCACUUGAUGAUAUUAGACAUGAUAAUGCUGAUAAGAUUGUUCAAAUUAUUCCAUUUGAAAGUUCAAGAAAAUGGGCCGGGGUUGUAUUACAGAUUGACAAUGGGUAUAGAGUAUACAUUAAAGGUGCAGCAGAAAUUGUAUUUAAGAAUUGUGGAUUCCAGAAUGAUUCUAAUGGAGACUUAAUACCCUUGAGUCGAGACCAGCGAGAUGACGUUUUAUCCAAGAUCGACGAAUAUGCAAAUGAUGCUCUUAGAACUAUUGCUUUGGGUCACCAGGAUUUCGUUGGCUUAGAUAAUUGGCCACCACCAGGUUUGGCACAAAAAGGAAAUCCGAAAGAAGCUAAUCCAGACUUUUUAGUUAACACUUCUGAGAAUUCAAGUGAUGUUCCAAAGGAUUUUAUUCUUGAUGCAUUGGUAGGUAUUCAAGAUCCAUUGAAAGAAGGUGUUCCUCAAGCCGUGUUACAAUGUAAGAGAGCUGGUGUUACUGUUCGUAUGGUCACUGGUGAUAAUUUAAACACAGCCAAAUCCAUCAGUAAAGCAUGUCACAUCUUAACUGCUGACGAUUUAUCUAAUGAAUAUGCAUAUAUGGAAGGACCUCAAUUUAGAAAAUUAUCUCCAGCUGAAAGAAAUAGAAUAGUUCCACAAUUGAGAGUAUUGGCUCGUUCAUCACCUGAAGACAAACGAAUCCUUGUUGAUACGUUACGUAAAGCUGGUGAAGUUGUUGCAGUUACUGGUGAUGGUACUAAUGAUGCUCCUGCUUUGAAAUUGGCCGAUGUUGGUUUCUCAAUGGGUAUUGCCGGUACUGAAGUUGCUAGAGAAGCUUCUGAUAUUAUCUUAAUGACUGAUGAUUUUACCGAUAUUGUCCAAGCUAUCAAAUGGGGUAGAACGGUUGCUAUAUCUAUUAAGAAAUUCAUUCAAUUCCAAUUAACGGUGAAUAUCACUGCUUGUGUUGUGACAUUUGUUUCUGCUGUUUCAUCACUGGAAAAUCAAUCGGUUUUGACUGCUGUUCAAUUAUUAUGGGUGAAUCUUAUUAUGGAUACUCUUGCUGCUUUAGCCUUGGCGACUGACAAACCUGAUGAUGCGUUCUUGAAUCGAAGACCAGCUGGUAGAUAUUCCCCAUUGAUUUCUACAUCGAUGUGGAAAAUGAUUAUGGGUCAAGCAAUUGCUCAAUUAGCUAUUACGUUUACAUUGUAUUUUGCUGGUCCAAAAAUAUUCUUUGGCGAUGACGUUACCAGUCAUGAAAAGGCCCAACUAGCAUCUAUGACGUUUAACACUUUUGUUUGGUUACAAUUUUGGAAAUUGUUCGUAACGAGAAAGCUUGAUGAAGCUGACGAAAUAGACACAGUUAGAGGUAGAAUUACUGCAGAAAAUUUAAAUUUCGUAUCCCAUUUAUUUAGAAAUUGGUAUUUCAUUUCAAUUGCUUUAAUAAUUGGUGGAUUCCAAGUUUUGAUUAUGUUUGUUGGUGGUGCUUCAUUUAGUAUUGCCGAGCAAACUCCAGGUAUGUGGGCUACUGCGAUGAUUUGUGGACUUAGUAGUAUUCCAGUUGGUAUUAUCAUUAGAAUUAUACCUAAUGUAUGGGUUGAACGUAUUUUCCCUGCUAGGGCAUUCAAAAAAUUCCUUUAUAUUGUUGGGUUCGGUUGGUUGAAGAGAAAGAAGAAGAACGCUGAAUUGGAAGAUGGUGGAGAGGAAGAAGGAGAGGUUGAUUAUUUACGAUCAUGA